UGUUGCUGAUAUAAAACAGGCGAGGGAGAAGAUGAGUCGUCAGCCAUCCUAUCCGCCUUUAGGAGAGAAAAGAGGAAGAGAGAACGAAAAAGGAUUAGGCCUUCGAUUGCCAAAACGACACCCACUGAGUUCUUCUUCCCUCCUCUUCUUUUCCUUGUUCCUUCUAUCAUCGUGGACGCAUGAUCCGUCACUGGUCAUAUGAAGACGGGAUAACCAUCGUCGUCAGAAAGGAUCGGGGAUGAAGGGGCUGUUGGAGAUAGGAAUGGAGGACGGGAGACUUCUGCUCCUCAAACUUGGCGUGGCUCUGGCAGUGCCCAUCGCCGGAUACCUCGUCUCCCAUCUCAACUUCCAGACCUCAGCCGAUACUGUAGGAAAUGAUGAAUCUGCAACUGGCCGUAGAUCUAUAGAUGCUGCACCUAUUGGUUGUGGAAGAGACCUCAAAGAUGGGCUCCUCAUUCUACAAAAUGAAGAAGCUAUAGUGAACGUCGUCCAUGGAACUUCCGCUGCUCCUGCCACUAUAACAGCAGUGACCAACAACUUCACAGAGCAGUCUCCUGAGAAUUUAGUGGAUGAAGACGGACUCCUCUUGCAGGUAGUCAAGCAGGAACCUGAGCGUGCGGGGCCGAGGAACUCCACUGGUGACAAGUUUGAGGGCAAGAAGGUGAAAACGGACGCAGAGAUCGUGUACCUUCGCGACCUGGUGCAGUCCCUCUGCGACAGGAUUAGGAGCCUUGAUAUCCAAAUGCUCGAGUAUUAUGGAUCGAAGGAGCAAGAUGCUGCCAUUCGAGAGCUCGAAGGGGAGUUGAAGUUGAACUCAGUGAAGGCUAGCCGUUUAUCCCUGAAGAUCGAGUCCUUGAAGAACGAGAACCAGAGGCUCAAACUUCAGGCAUCGGAGUACCGGAAAAUAGCGCCGGAGCUCGAUUCUGCAAGGGUGAUAAUAAAGCAUCUCAAGAGGAGGAUGAGUUCCGUCCAUGUGCAGGCAAGAGAAGAGAUAGCGUUCCUCGAGCAAAAGAUCAGGAAGCUGAACGAUGUGGAGCACAAGGAUAGCCAAGAGGAUGUGGAUCUCCAAAACAAGUUGAAGAGACUGAAGGAGUUAGAAGACGAGGCUUAUGAACUCGGAAAGGAGAACUCGAUCCUGUCGCAGGAAAACAUGGAGUUGGCACAAAGGUUGGCGUACGCAGAGACGUCCAUCUCCACUCUCGAGGAGCCUCAGGCAGAAGUCAUGGAGGAAGUCCACCAGCUGGGAGAAGCCAAUGACAAUUUGGAGAAGGAAAUCGAGCAGCUUCAAGCAGAUCGCUGCGCAGAUGUCGAGGAGCUCGUGUAUCUCCGGUGGCUCAAUGCCUGCCUAAGGUAUGAGCUGAGACAGCAUCAACCCCCCUCUGAGGAAAUCGUUUGCCGAGGAUCUAAGCAAGUGUUGGAGCCCAACAUCAGAGGAGAAAGCCAAGCAGCUCAUACUUGAUUGCACACACGCAUGCAUCGACGAUCAAAAGAACUCGAGGUUUAGGGACCUCGAUGCAGAUUGCUCGUCUCAGGAAUCCAGUGGCGAGUACGACGAUUCUCCAGUCGAAAGGACCAGCCCACGUAGAUCGAAGUUCCUUGGCGGACUGACGAAGCUGGCGCUAAGAAAAAGGCAGUCGAGACAAGAGAGUUGCUUCCUCCGAUGGCGUGGCUUCUUGCCUGCCUGGGGAGAAGUCGGUGAGCAGUCAUUCGACAGGAACCGCGUCGCACGCCGACGACAGAUGGAAGAAGAGACCUGCUUGGUUUCGAACUGCUUUUAGAUCCCACUGUAAAGGAGCCCGUUGCGAGAGGGAUCUGGGUAUUAUUACUUACUACCAUGGAGCACAGAAACAUGACCAGUGAAGAUGACAGCAAUAUUUGUCGAAAUAAUUCAUUUCACCAGGGAGAAUCUGAGACUGUUCGGAGACACAGAUACGCCGAAGCUUUCAUGAGUUCUCGCAACGGUCAGCUUCCUUCAGCCACAGUUGAUGGCGCCACUGUUUUAAGUUGCCUUGUGUCGAACAUGUCGUUAGUGGGGACAGUGAACAUAUUUGUUGGCUUGCUGACAUGCACUUGGAACUGCAAGAUCACUUUUGCUUCUUAAAUCGAUAGUUUUCAGUG